AACAUCAGAGGGACUUAUCAUUAGCCCACCAGCCUGCUCAAACGCAAGUGUUCGCCUUGGUUAUGCAACAGAGUGUCGCUUCACCUGUAAGAGUGGGUAUCAGCUCCAAGGCCCUGGACUCAAGAUUUGUGGACAGAGUAAGACUUGGACUCCAAUAGGAAACCCCUUUUGUUCAGGUAGGCAUGGUAUAUUUAUCAAUUAUCAGAAUAAGGCUUAGUAGGAUAUGAAGAAUUCUGCAGAUGAAGGAGGGUGUUAUCCACCAAGCCCGAAGGCCGAGGUGUAUAACACCCUCCUUUGUCUCCAGAAUUCUUCAUAUCCUACGAAAGCCAAAUUCAAUAAUUGUUUUAUUAUUCCUUCGAAAUAAUUCCAAGUUUAAAAACAAGCUAAAACAUGCUAACCUUGGUUGACAUAAGUUCAUAUCGACAACGAGUAAAAUGUUCCGCCGACUGUUCAACCAUUUUGUUCUAACUACCAAAACAACUCAACCUCGUCCCCAGUUUAUCACGGUCAAAUGUUCAAUAACCUGCAACAAGGCUGCACUUUUGACGUCUUUUUGACGUCGUCGGUUCAAUAUGACAAAAUUCUUUCCAAAUUUGGUCAACAGUAGCUGGUUAUGGUAAACUAUGCGUGUGGUUUUAACAAUCAGAAACGGGGAAAUAUUUUGAAUGAAUAAUGAAAUAGUAUAUAGAUUUAUAAAUGGCUAAAAGCGAAGCUUUCGAAAACAUUCAUGGCUUGUUCAAACAAAAUUUAAAAUCGUGUAAUGCUCGAGCGGCGAAGGCAACUCCGGAGAACGAUGAAAAAACAAAAAUAGGUCUAAUUAGCAAAAAAGCAACUUUGAACGUGCAGCACGCUUUUUUUGAACAUUUCUUUGCUGUUGCUUUGCAAAACUACAACGUGAAACUUCCUAGUUACACGUUUGAAGGUGAUGUUACACGAAACGAUUUGCUUCGACGAUUUUCAGCGCAACACAGCGUUGCAAUGUUGGAACAAUGUUGCAACCAUUCGAAACAAUGUCGCAACAAUGCUUUAAUGUUGUGUUGCGCUAAAAAUCGUUGUUGCGAAUCGUCCCGUGUAAUUUCACCUUUAUGGAGGAAAUGACGUACGUGUUCUUGUUCACUUUUUUCACUACCGCUCAUUUUCACCUUGCAUUGGUAGCCACCAGCAUUUCUAAUUUUGUCACCGCCGCUACAAAAUUUUCAUGUUGUUCUUCCGACAAAAAAAUGUCUCCUUUGUUUUUUAUCUCUCGCUCUAGAUCUCUGUCGUCACUUUUCUCGUGGAGCUUUGCUAGCCUGCCACCUACUUUCUCUUUUUCUCUGUCUUUCACGUACUCAAUAUUCCAAAUUUGGGGACAUAACAAUAAUCUAAGCUUAAUACUUUAGACAACACGGAUACAGAAACAAUUUAUGCUUUCCGUUUUCGUAUUUGUUGACUUAUUAGUUGUCUCUGCUUUACAAGACGUAGGUGACUAUGCAAUUUCCCGCCAAAAUAACCUCGGGUUACAUUUGGGUUGCCAUACCUGUUGAUUGAGUUAUUUUACAUUAGUACGCCUGUGGUACGGAUGGACAGUCGGGCGGGCAUACGGUCACGUGAUUACCAAAAUUUCUUGGAUGGGUAGAUUACCACAUUUUCGUACCCAUGGUGUUCGGCUUUGUGCUCGAGAGCUUCGCUAUAAUUUUUAUUCCUGCCAGGCGAUUUAUAUGGCAAAUCCCGCUUCUUAAAUCAGUCAGCAAGUUAAGGGUUAAGUCUCCCCAGUCUUCUCCUCUUUAUUCUGAGUACUAAUAGAAUUAACAAACAUAUAAAUUUACUCAUUGUAUCGUGUCUUUGGCUUUCGUUAUAUAUUAAAUAGGUUUCCUCCUAUUUACGUACAUUCGAAUUAUCUAUAUCACAAUACUAUUAUUUAUUCGUUUAUUUAUUUUGUUCAAGACAUUUCGAGGCCGACAUUCUUAAACUGUCCUCCACAUUUGCGUCAAAAUGCUGACCGGGGUACUACGUCAGCAACAGUUUCGUGGGCAACCCCAACGGCUACAGAUAACUCCGGCUUCGCUCCCAACAUAACGCGAACAGGAAAGAAACCUGGGGAGAGAUUCUCUGCCGGGGAACACAUCAUCCGUUACAGAGGCAUUGACAGAGCGGGCAAUAUUGGCGAAUGCACUUUUAAAGUCUUCGUCUCAGGUAGAUGUCUUAAUCUGGCAACUGUAGUUUUAAGUAGUUCGAUAAAUAACAGAAAAGUCUAAACUUAGCACCAGAUUGUUAAAUUUUAAUAUUUAAGUUAUAACUAUUGGUAGUUUCCUCCUGUGACAAGGCCUCAGCGAGUUAAAAGGGUCCGCAAUAUGGUGAGUCACGAUGAGUUAAUUACUGGUAAGUUAACAAAUUCAUUAUUCUGUAUGUAAAAUCUUGAAUCUAAUAUUCUACACGUGAAAUCUUAAAUUUCAGUAUUCUGCAUGUCCAAAUCUUGAAAUUUCGAGAUUCUGCAUACCAAAUAAUAUUAAAAAAAAUUGGUAACUGACCUGUGUUAACUCGUCGUGAUUACUCACGCUGCAUAUAUAUCACCUUCUUAAACCCGAGUCGCAAACUUCUCAACAUUAUCUUAUUCUAAGUGUAUUAGAAAAAAUACAAAGGAACGUUACCUUUUUAAGCAGUUUUCGUCCUAUUAUUCAGUGAUCCGAUGUGAACCCAGAUUAUAUGCACCAGCUGGAGGCAGCAAAUAUUGCAUCAUGGAUAACAUGUAUGGCUCAGAGUGUUCCUUUACAUGUCACCCUGGUCACAUCAUGAGGGGUUCGGCAAAAAGAAGUUGUGAAAAAAAUCACCAGAGCUCUUUCGGCUUCUGGACUGGAAAUGAAACGAAGUGUGAAUGUAAGUUAUACUAAUUUUACGCUAAUCUAAAAUUCUCAUUCCUCUCAAGAGACUAUGAUUUUGCCUUUGUUUUUCGCAUCAAUUUGAAUAACUCUUUAAGGCUUCUAAUCACCACUACAACUCCAAUCAUCAUCAUCAUUAUCAUCUCAUCAUCAUUAUAACUAUAAUCAUCAUCAUCAUCAUCACCACCACCACCAACACCAUCAUCAUCAGCACCAUUUCCAAUAGCACUCGCAAAAGCAUUAUCUUGUUGUUGUUGUUCGAAUGAACUCCAAUCUUCUCUUUGUCUCUACCAUUUAUGGUUUGUUGUCUUGCAUAGUUGAAUGUCAAUGAAUUUGACCCUUGAGACAUUUCGUUUGUUUUAUCUGUGUGCAGUGGUCAGGUGCCCUCGCCUUCCUCGUUCCUCUCACAGCGUCCAGUCAGGUUGUGGGUUUGGUUCCAUGAAUAAUGUCUUUGGUGACAGAUGCCUCUACUAUUGCGACAUUGGAUAUCGUAAAAUAAACGGUUCAAGUGAGAGAGUCUGUCAGGCAAAUGGGACAUGGUCAGGGCAACCACCGUACUGUGAAGGUGAGCAUAAACUAAGUUUUAAAUGGCUCAACCAACUGUCUUUCAUUUUACAGAAAACAAAACGAAAUCAUUAAAGAACAAAAUGAGAAAGCUUGGUAUUAGAACGCAAUUUCUAAUUUCGUUGGGCUCUUGCGCCAAUAGUUUGUGGUUUUUUUUUUCUGAUAUAUACUCAUACCAUUUGGAUUAGACUGUGCUACAUGAAUCUUUCAUCGUUGAAUUAAAAUAAGCAAUAGAAAAUUAAUAUAGGUGCUUUAUUUUUUCUUUCAUAGUCGUUCGUUGUAGUUCCCUGGAGCCACCAAAGGACGGGCAAGUAACACCAAAUUCAUGCACAGUCUCUCCAGAAUACGGUGAAACGUGUUACUUCUCUUGUCCGAGAGGCUACAGAUUGCAUGGGGAGCCAGCAGUAUCCUGUCUCAGCAAUGGACAGUGGUCCAAAAGCACUAGUGCCUUUUGUGAAGGUUACUAUAAUGUGUAAAUAAUUUAUACGGUAUAUGCAGAUCCAUUUUCUGUGGUCACUCCAAUUCAUUUGUUUGUCUGAGCAAAGGAAUAUAACCUUGCAACUGAACGAUACCCGAUACCAUUACCCCCAACUAAUUAACUGGCCAUUAUUACUUUAAUUUUUAAGGUAUCUAAUCUGUUAAACGUUUUAUUUUAGACGUGGAAAGCCCCUCGUUUGGCUCAACGUGCCCCUAUGAUAUAAAGCGCUAUGCAGACAGGGCGAAGAACUACACAGCAGUAAGCUGGUCUGCCGUUGUAGCUACUGAUAACUCGGGUGUUACCCCGAAUGUCUUUUCUACUGGUGUAACCAAUAUAUACCACACAGGAAGGCAUACCGUUACAUACAACGUAAGCGAUGAAGCUGGGAAUUCUAGGAUCUGCAAGUUUUACGUCUUUAUUGAGGGUAGGUGGGACUUUAAACUGCGCAUAAUCUGCAAAGACGAUGCAACAAAUAUUUCGCUUUACUGAAAACGUCUCGGGUCAUUCUCCAGUUAUCGAUAAGGCUAUCUAGUGGCUAACGCGGGUUCCCUAAUAUUUAUAUGCUGAAUGGUGAUUUACCCGGUGGAUACCGCUUCAUAUACGUACAUUUUGCAAACACUAAAAGACGUUACAUGCACUACACCAUAUCCAGCAACAAAAACUGAACCAAAUUUUUUCAUCCUAUUACAGUGUUGAGAUGCCAAACAUUGCUCCCUCCGUUGAACGGUGGUUUGUUGGGUAAAUGUGAGAAUACUUUUGGAUCAACCUGUACAUUUGGGUGUGACGAUGGAUACAAGUUACUUGGUGCACAAAAUAUAUCAUGUGAAGCAAACCCUGGUCACAUCACGGGUUAUUGGGAUAAUCCAGUUCCUGCCUGCAAAGGUAAACACAUAAUAAGCAAAUAAGACAACAAGCCAUAAUAUGAUAAUCGUAUGACCAUUUUACUGACUCCUAAAUUUCAAGGUGAAAAUUGUCUUCAUUCCUGAAUAAAUAGCUCCUGGAUACAUCUUUUUAUGGUGAGAGUGAAAUGAACUUGUUCUACAAUUAUCUUGUUCACUUUCGUUUUAUUUUGUCAUUAAAGAUAUAGUUCAUUAUUGUUCUUUUUCCUUGUAGUUAUUGCCUAAAAGUAUCACCAAUUAUCAUCAUUAUUAUGAUCCUUCCUCAAAAAAUAAAGAAUCGUCUAAGGAGUAGCGGUACUCUUGUUAUCAUAUCAUUUUCUGUCUGUUUUUUUGUUUGUUUUUGUUUUUUUUGCUUAGUCCUUAGAUGUUCUUCAUUAAAGGUACCGCGGUUUGGCUAUAUUUAUCCUUACAUGUGCUCGUCAUCUCCCAUCAGUGGAACUGUUUGUUAUUUGGAAUGCAGACAUGGAUUCCAAAGUAAUGGAGGGGUAAACGUGUUGCAAUGUGGGAAGAACGGAAAAUGGAACCAAAAUGUAUCUUCUACUUUGCAGUGCAAAGGUACGUCAUUUCUUUGGCUUUUUCGUCUAUUUGAAGCAAAACAGAAAAUGGAACAAUGUUGCUUUUCUAAAAUAAGGUGCUUAGUUAGAUCCUGCUCACCUUUAGCCAUGAGCUUGACAGAAUGUACUUUGGUUCAAGUUGUCUGAUGUGACAGUAUUAAGGGUUCUAUUUUCUCAUAUGUUGUCUCGCAGACGUUGUUCCUCCCGUAUUCAUGAGCUGCCCUUCCGAUAUUCACGCCAGUAUCAACGAAAAUUCGUCGGCAUCGGUAAACUGGACGUUUCCUGUCGCUAUUGACAACAGCAACCAGGCACCGCAGAUCACUGUAUCACCAGCUGGAGUAACUUCACCUUACACGAUUUACACCUCUACCGUCAUUACCUACACUGCAACUGAUGCGAGUGGAAACAAGGAUGAGUGCUCAUUUCAAGUCUUUUUGGAAGGUCAGAAAAUAAUCCUUAAUGAGGAAGCAUACCUGAGGUCAAGAGGGCUGGAUUGGUUGAAAAUUUUAUGGACCGAAAGGCAAUCGUAGUCCAUAAAGAAGUAAAAAUGCCACACUCCAGUCGACAAGUCCGAACUUUCUUAAAAUAUAAACGAUUUUAUAGUAUGGGUAAAAGAUUGAAUUUUUUUCGAGAACAACGCGGGAAUACAAGAGCGGGCAAAAUAGAAUCAUAGCCAGAAGCUAGUCAAAAAUACAGGAUUCGCUUUAUCUUACCCACUCAUUAAUAGUAAUAUAUAUACUAAACAUAACGCUUGUUUAAAUAGAUUUUACACAUUUUCAUCCCUCGUCGGAAAGGGUCCAUAUAGACCUAGGCAUUUAUGUCUAGUGUCAACCUUUAAAAUCAAUCGCAUGUUUUAAUUUAUAACAAGAAUCUGAAUCCAUAAUUCAUUUUAUUUGCAGACAAUUCAGGCCCCGAGGUUGUAUUUUGCCCACCAGACCAAAACAUAACUGCAAUAAAGAUGAGGACAGUUGUAACAUGGAUCUCCCCACAGUUUAAAGACAACAGUAACAAUCCUUUGGUCAUUAGAUGCAGCCAUCAGAGUAACGCAGAGUUUUACUGGGGAACCUGGAACGUGCAUUGUACGGCGUUUGAUAAUAAUCCAAAUAACAAUCCUGCCGUUUGCCAGUUUACAAUCAGGUUAAAACGUAAGUAGUUAGUAAGUGACGUUAUCACCCGGGGGCAGGGGAUACCACUGGAAAAUUCGAUUGGAGGUGUGCAGCUUGCCUCUUGACAACCAACUAUAAAAUGCAUGACCUGUCCUACCCUACUCAUACCUGAACAGGUGUUCUCAAGAGACGAAUGACAAAUAAAGGACACACCAAAUUCCAGAUACAGGUACCUGAUAGCACAAAACCUUACACUAUAAAAAAAGCCAGACAUUCAGUCUAUAAUUAUUACCCAUUUUCGGACCAAUUUGUCACUUUCACACACUUUCACAGCCCCCAAUUGCUUUCUAAUCCAUUUUCAUGACACUAACGUUCAUCUCAUAAGGUAAUCCUAUGCUAAGCUAUGCUAGUUUUGCAAGAAAUUUGGGGAGCAUAAAGUAAAAUGAGAGCCCUGGCAACAUGCAUACAGCAGUCCUCCGUUAAUUUGUGUUUCAAAUGAAACAUACUCCUAUCAUGCUGGUUUGCCAAUAUGCAAACUCACAAAAUCGCACAUGCAGCCACAAUUAGCUUAAAAUGGAAUACAGAGGCACUCAACGAUUGUUUUCUGUAAAAUAUCUGUUCGGGGAAGCAAACAUUGCCAAGAAUUAAGGAUGGGUCAACGUAGAUCAACUUAAUCUUUAGGGUCCCUAUUUUAAUACCGAAGAAUACAAUUAAAUUUAAAGAGAGGCACAUGGUUGAUUUGAUAUCGAUCUGUACUAAGUUUGUUAUAAUCUGCCUUGAUACAGCGAAAGAUUGUAUUGAUCUGCCACCUCCCAAGAACGGGGCAAAGGCUUGUGAUGACUGGGCAUUCGGAAGAUUUUGCACUCCCUCGUGUAACAGCAAAUGGGAUUUCGCUCAAGCACUGCCUCCAUUUGUAACAUGGGUAUGUGGAGCAUCAGGGGCAUGGUCUCCUUCAACCCGGUGGCCAGAUUGCUCAAGUAAAUAGAAAAGUGCUGUUUUAUAACUUGUGUAUAUGUUGGGUGUAAUUUUAUUCUUGGUUAAUUUUUUUUUUGUUUCAAACCCAUUAUCAUGAAUUUCCCUUCCUAAGAACUAAGGGCAAUAAAAUGUGAAAUUAAACCACAAUUAACAUAGACCAGCGUAUUACUAAAGAGGGUAUCGGCCCUACGUAAUUAUGUUCGGAUAACAACACCCUCCUCGAUCUCCAUAAUUCUUCAGAUCCUACUCAGCCUUAACGAGUAAUUUGUUACUUAUUUCAUGUACUCCAAGUAAAUGUGUUCCUUUCAGGGAGACGAAUGUCUGAGGCUACUUAUUAACCCUCAGCUAACGUAAGUGGAACCACAGUUCCGACGUAGAACAUCGUAUUGCUAACAAGGGCUGAUGGGUUUGUUUCUCUCCCGGUAGACGCGUACGGUAAAUUGCAUGGAUACCUACACUGAUAUUUCUUCAUUUAAUUCAAAAUAGGCGGUUCAUAUAUGAUUUAUGUCACAUAAUUUGACUUGACCAAUUAUCUUGAAGAAAGAUACCCUUCGUAUUCGUCAUUUGCCAGUUAUGUAGAAGGUGAAAUUAUCUUAUAAACACAUCCAUCUACUUACUGAUUUGAGCGAGAGUUUUAAUUGGUUACUAGAUGGUAAGGGUUCUGUGCAAAAACAUAAAAUGCUAUAACACCUUUUGUUAUAUAGCUGAAAUUUAUGACGUCAGAGGGUAAUAGUGCACUGUUACCCUCGGAUGUUGACUGCUCGCAAGAUUUAUUUUUAUAAAUUUGUUCUCGAAAAAAGUUUUUCUUCAAAUCACUUAAAGAUAGGUCCCUCGGGAAACAGUUAAUUUUGUUUGCCUCGAAUCUCAAAGUUUCCCGUGACGGAAGAUUGUCGGGAAACAAAAUUAACUGUUUCCCUAGGAAGCAGUCAUUAAGUUUUUAUUAAUAUAUUUCCAAUAAAUCACUGCAGAGGUAUACCAAGCAGGUGAAGCUAGAAUGGCGAUGGAUUUGUACUAUUUCGACGGAGAUUGCAGAACACCGGAAGCCCAGACAAAAAUAAGAGAGAACUUUGUUCGGAUUUUAAACGGGUCCCUUUUUCGAGUGAUGUGCCAAGACCCUGUGCUCAGAGAUCGUUGCACGGCUGAGAACGUAGUGGUAACAUGCGAUGAGAAUACGAGCGCAAGACGGAAAAGACGUUCAUCAGGUUGGUGUAACAUUGGUUGAGUAUCACAGCGGUACUUCCAGCAAGUAGCUGAGGCAUAAGCCAAUGAACUCUUUCUUGCGGUGAAACUGAGUUGACUGUGUUCUUCUUGGGAGGAUGAUUGACGCGAGAUCGAAGACAAUCAGUCAUAGUGUAACUCGGUAGAUUUUUAGAGCUAGUUUUCCAAAACAGGGUUCUUUUUCACUCAGUGAUAAACAUUUACCCGGAGAUACUUAGAGUAAUAGCACCUGUUACUCAAGGAAAAAGUUCUUCUGGACCUCAGAAAUAUAGUUGACGAAAUACGACUCUCGGGUCCCCUAAGUUUAGCGUCUCUCGAUCCUUCGCGAAGCAAUUUGGGUAUAGUGACAGCUGAAAAUCGAUAAAAAGCCCUGACCUUGUGCAAAAUAUUUAAACUGUUAAAAGACUGUCACAAAGCGAUAUUUACAAAGUGUGUUUAUUUUGAGGUGAUUUUUUCAUUCUUCAGAUGGUGUUGGUGAUCGCAUUCGGACAAAAGUCCAUCUUGACAUUGUUGGUAAGUUGUGUACAGCCUAGGUCACACCCAAAAACGUCCUCUACAGACGUUUAAUGUUUCAUAACCCCUCCCCCCCGGCCUAGUCUCAGGGCUUCAUAUUGGGUUAUUGUGUCUUACAAUUAGUCAUGCGGUUCUAAUAUGUCAUCUCAUAAGGUACUGAAAAUCUCCGGGAAACUCAAACCAAUUCCAUUUAGGAAGUACAAUGGAAAGUCCACUCCUUGAGGCUUUUUAUCACAUACGCCUUUCUAGAUUAAAUGUACAGGAGUAAUUUCUUGCCAUAAUAGUGAUUAAAAUGGUGAAACUGAACAGGAGACAGUUUGUUUCGAUGGAUGAGUAGGACGUAACAAGUUUCAUUUGAUCUCAGUCUCAGAUGGCAUUUGUGCAAUAAGUUAUACACUCGAAUUCAAAACCCACAUUUACUUCCGGAGCUACUUUCCCUGCCAUUCUCGAAGAACAGUAAAUCUUGCUUAACACCGCCUUUGAAUAAAUAAAUAUGGAUGAAGUUGGCCAAUAGCUGAAAGUAAGAUUCCAGUGAUAAAGAUUACAACAAUUUCACUUAACAAUUGCUGGCAUACAGGCAGUAGCUACUCGUUAAAACGUUUUUCUAGGCGCUUCUAAAUAAAAAUUUUUUAAGUUGAGGCUAUGAAUAGACGGAUAAAUCUUUUGAGGGACCUCCAUCGUUCUUUUGGGAUGAAAUUAAUGCAUUCUUGUAGGCCCUUCGUUUGUUACAACGAGCUUUUGCCACUAGUAGCUUGUCAUGUAACAAUUCACCUUUCGCAGUAAUCCUUGACAACAGUACCGGAGUAGAUGACGGCAAACAAAGCAAGAUCGAAGCAGGUUUGGCAGGCGUGGAGUUCGCCAAAAACUUAAGCAGUGAAAUCAGGAGAGCAGUUGAGAUUGGUGUCCUCAAUCUGACCAUAAACGGCACGGUGUUUGUUCCUGAUGAGCAGUCGCUGAACUUCUCAGAACCUGUGAUAUUUUGUGCCAAAGGACAAUCCUUUAGAGAUGGAGUCUGUGGUAAUUUAUUUAUUAUUAUCAUACACAUACACGUAAAGCAGUGGAAAUUAAGGGGCUUUGACAUUGACUUGUGUUUAUGAUAUUGUCUCUGCAUUUUGCUGUCAAUAUUUCAUUAAAAUUAAAGGUCUAAUGCUGUUCUAAGCAAACUGCGUACAAAGGAAAACACUUCAUCGAAGUACAACUGAAGUAGAACGUGAAAAACGGGAACACUGAGACAAGUAGAGGAGUUGUCCUCACGUGGCUUUAGGUGGCCUUUGCAAAAUCCUUCGUGAAAACCAAUUCCAGCAAGCCAAAUAUAAUUCAUUCUCAUGCACUUAAGACUCGAGAAGCACUAUCUGUAUUACCAUUAUCGCCAUCAUCAUCAGCACCAGCAACACCAAUAGCAGCAGCAGCAUCGCCACCAAUAUUAGUUUAUAUAUUCUUUUGUUCAUUCCUCAUUAUGAUAUAUUUUGCAUUGCUCAGUAAGCUGUUCACCAGGAACAUACCUAAACAAAACUCUUGGUACAUGUGAAGACUGCCCUGUUGGAUCAUAUCAAGAGGAAGAGUCACAAGAAGCAUGUGUGCCAUGUCCACCGAGAACCUCAACGGAAGAAACAAGAUCUGACGAUCGAUCCAAUUGUACAGGUAAAAGCGCACUGUUUCAGUACUAAUGCUUAACUUUACUUUAUUGACUUUGUUGCAUGCGAUCAAGUAAUAUGUAGAUUAAAAUAUAAAAUUCGUUAGAUAAAAGAAAAUAAAGUAAAAUAAAAUAGAUAAUAUUGCAACUGCAGCAGGAAGCAGGACAAUGUCCCAGUUGAUAUCUUGCCCCAAGAACCAAAUAAAAUAAAAAAAUAAUAAAUAAUUAUAAAAAAACAUAAAUAACAGAACCCCCUCCCCCCAACCGUAACCACUGCUUACCCCCUCCCCAUAAACAGACUACCUACGUAUCACCCUAUACCUCACCAACUGGGAGGACAUAACAUAAUAGUAUUAAUUGCGAGUGUAAAUGUCUAAAAUCCUUUUCUUAAAACUAGAUAGUGACUGAUUAGUGCUUUUGAUGUCUACAGGUAGCUUGUUAAGCCUAUACGUAUUCUAUUAUCUUCUAUUCUGUUUUCCACUGCUAUUACCCACCUAACUAUAUACUCAAGGUACUGUUAAGCUGAAAGCUUGUAUAAGAUAAUGCUUUGUGCAGUUGUAUAUAUGACUAUAUUACUAUACCUAGUUAAGGCUUAAGACUCAUCAACAUUGAUAUAUCUUCAACAGGCUAUUCACGAAACUAUAUUACGUACAAAAAAAAUAACCACUUUCUAUUUCUCCUACACAAAAUAGCGCUGUGUAAGCCUGGGUCAUAUUCACCCACCGGAUUAGAGCUUUGUAUCCAGUGUGAAAAGGGGUUUUAUCAAGAAACAGAGGGACAGCGUCUCUGCAUAAAAUGUGGUGUUAACACAACAACUCCAGAGGAGGGAUCAAACAGUUCUAUGCAAUGUGCAGGUAAAAAUGACAGUUUGCAUUUUAUGAACAAAUAAAAUGCACAGACAAAACCUCUGAAUGUACAUAAGUGCAUUUAUAGAGUUAAGUUUUCAUUAAAAUGACUAUCCCAAUCGAAUUUCAAGAAUUAUCUAUUAACCUAUUUUCCAGGCCCCAGUUGUUCAAAAGGUGGAUAGUGAUAUCCACUGGAUAAAUCACUAUCUAGUGGAUAACCAAUUAUGCUUCGUAAUACUUAUUCAUUGGAUAUCGAUUUAUCCGGUGGAUAGCGCCAUCCAACUUUUGAAAGUCAAGUCAAAUCAAUUUUUAUUUAAACUCACACAGAAUAAUUAUAAUUAAUACAAAUUAGUACUUUAAAAUAUAAAAUCAAGAGAUUGUGAAGGGAAAGAGAAUUUCAAUUGUAGGUUCAUUGUGCAGAGUUUGGGAUACCUAAAUAGUUCGUGGAACUAACCGAGUAGGUGACCCAAACGAGAAUAUGAGUAGAAGGAAUAUAGAUACAAAAUAGCUGUUUGAGAAAAAAGUAUUACUUCAUUAAUUAAAUAGUAGUUAAGAUAAUACAAUCGUAAAUUAUUAGGAAUCAAUAAUAGUAUUAAAACCAUCAAUCACAGAAUUCUUGAUAUAUUGACGAAAACUGGAAAACGGCUUGAUUUUCUUAACAUCAAUAGAUAAAGAAUUCCAAAGUUUUGGGCCAGUGUAACUGAGAGAACGAAUGCCGUAUUGAGUGGUAUGAACAGAUUUAACAAAGAGAUUAUCACUCUUUGAUUGACGUGUAUUAUAUGAAUGAAUUGAAGACACCGGGUUAAAAUAAUUAACAAACCAAGAAGGACUUAGUUUAUGGUACCACUGAUAAACAAAAGAGAGAAUUUCAAGAUGAAUUAUAUCAGAGAAUUUUAGGAGUCUGAGAGUCUUCAGCAAUGGCUCAGAAUGAGAUCCAGAAUAAAAAAAACGGAGCCAGACCACAGAACACGGUAAGCUAGCGUGCAUGGGUUUUAACAAUGGCUGGCCGUAAACGCCCAAUACAGAUCUCCUGCUCAUAUUUUAUCUACUACUUGUGGACAUACUGUAGACAAGGAAUUAUCAGCUAUUUAUUUGGAAAGCUAAAUAAUUUAUGAUAUGGGCAAAUAGAUUCACCACAAGUACUAAAUAAAAGUUUGGCUUACUUGUAUUUUUUGUUGGUCUUUCCUCCAGUCCCCUGUCCUCCGGGUUCUUUCUCUCCUACUGGACUGGCUCCUUGUACUUUAUGCAACCGGCGCUCCUUUCAGCCCCACAACGAGAGCCGUAUCUGCGUUCCAUGCCCAGGAACAACUGCAACUGUCAUGCCAGGAUCAAAAAAUUCUCAAGAUUGCAUAGGUGAGAGGUACAGAGCACCUAUCGACACUAAGUUAGCUGUUCCAUUGAAGGGCUACCAGGCUCGAUUAAGUAUAGCUUCUGAAAACGACUGCUGAUCGCAUGAAAACGUAAGGUAACACGAAAGUUUGCAUGGGCAAGAAUACUUAUUUUAUCUCUCCUUUUUACUCUCCAGAAAUUAACGAAUGCGAAUCCAAUCCAUGUCAAGGCAACUCUAACUGCACAGACCUUAUUGCUGACUUUCUGUGCUCCUGCCAACCUGGCUACACUGGUAAACAAUGUGAGACCAACAUUGACGAUUGUCAGGACCAGCCUUGUUUCAAUAACGGCACCUGCCAUGACCUGGUCAACAAUUACACCUGCACAUGCAAACAAGGGUACCAGGGAUCUAAUUGUGAAGAUGAUGUUGAUGAGUGUAUGACAUCCCCUUGUUCCAAUAAUGCUUCGUGCAGCAAUUAUCCAGGAGAAUAUAACUGUCAAUGCAGACCAGGGUUUACUGGAAAGUUGUGCGAAACAGACGUGGACGAAUGCGAGUUAUCACCGUGUAUAAAUGGAGCAACUUGUAGUGAUGGAAUAAACAACUACACCUGCCUCUGCGCAACAGGUAAGACUAAGUGAGUAAUAUAAUAUAACGAUGAAGUGUGAUAUUAACAACGUGUAUUAUAUCGCAGGCUACCAAGGAAACGAUUGCGAGGAAAAUAUCAAUGACUGUGCAUCUGACCCUUGUCAGAACGAAGGCAAGUGUGUGGAUGGAGUUGGAACAUACCACUGCAUCUGCCCUGCAGGAUUUAAUGGAACCAACUGUCAGCAUAAUAUUGAUGAAUGUCACAAUGUAGACUGUAAGAACAAUGCAACAUGUAUUGACCAGAUCAAUGAGUUUUAUUGCGUAUGCCCGAACGGUUUCACAGGAAAAAAAUGCGAGGUGAACAUUGACGAAUGCGCGUCCAGUCCUUGCAGGAACCAAGCUAGGUUUGUAUUUAUUUACUUUAAAGUUGAAUUUUGUUAUUGAAAUUGGUUCUAAAUAACUUUCCAAAGACAAUCUGCAUUAUUCAAAAGUGUCGUUAUCAGUCAACCUACCAUAUAUCAGAUGAAUAAAUUAAAUAAAUAAAUAAUGAUUUGGAGGUAGCACAUCCACCAAGUGGUUCUUCGUCUACCUGAUUCCUGGCUGAAUUGGAAUUUGGAAGUGUUGGUUUUUUUUAUUAGAUUUUAUCGAAAAAUAAAAGACACAUUUCUUGCUUCCAGUAUUCCAAGAACUCCAGAAGAGCAGUAUAUCUUACCUCAUUACUACAUCUGAUUUAACGGUCUCCAACUGAUUUUAAGUAAUUUCUAAUCAGAGGCAGUAAAUUAACUAGUAAAUUAAGUAAAGAAAGAAAGUAGAGAAAAGGAGAAAAAACGCAGACUUUUCAAAGAACGCUACCAAACUAUAAAGCUAAGGCGCUGUUACUUCCAUCUCGUUAGGUGUGUGGAUAUGAUUAACACUCAUCAGUGUGAAUGCAAAGAUGGUUUCGAUGGCCUCCACUGCGAAAACAACGUUGAUGAAUGCGCCUCAAAUCCUUGUUCAAACAAAGGUACAUGUCACGAUGGCAUCAAUAAUUUCACCUGCGUUUGCCCUCCGGGGUACACAGGAAAUACCUGUAGUUUAGACAUCGACUACUGCUCAUCAACGCCGUGCUUGAAUAAUGCCUCUUGUUUUGAUGGACGCACUUCCUUUACUUGUCAAUGCCGCGAUGGAUUCAGUGGAGACCAAUGUCAGUAUAACAUCGACGAAUGCGUGAAUGCAACAUGUUUAAAUGGCGGAACAUGUAUCGACGGCAUUGAUCAAUACGCAUGCGCCUGCCAAGCGGGAUUUACCGGAUUCAACUGUGAAUUAAAUAUUGAUGACUGUGCGCAUAAUCCGUGCUUAAACGAUGGGACUUGUAUGGAUUUGAUAAAUGAAUUUAAUUGUGCCUGUAGGAGAGGUUAUACAGGGGAGAACUGUAGUGUCGACAUUAACGAAUGCUUCAGUUCUCCUUGUCAGAACAAUGGAACAUGCAAUGAUAAAGUCGACGGCUACACUUGCAGUUGCAUUGAUGCCUUCAGUGGAAUACACUGCGAAAGGAAUAUUGAUGACUGUUUAGGUCACGGUUGCGCUAACGGUUCCACCUGUAGGGAUGGGGUUAACAGCUACACUUGUGAGUGUCCUCCUGGGUUCUGGGGAAGGUUCUGUGAAUCUGAAGUAGACGAGUGCGAGUCCUUUCCUUGUAAUAAUGGUGGAACUUGUAACGAUCAGGUACCGUGCAAUGCCAGUACUUCUUCGAAUAAAUGCCCUCUACAACACACUGUUAAGUGUUUAUAAACGUUUCUCCCGCAUCAUUAACUUGCAGACGUUAAAGUAAACGGCCCAAUAAAGUUAAACUGUUAUUUGAUACGGUCACAAGAUAGGUAGGAAUUCAAAUGACUGACGACCAAAAUGAAGUGUUUUAAGGUCUUCUCUAUGACCUCUAAUCAUGAAAGUUUGAUGGAUGGCAAGAAUUUAAAGUGUCUCUUUAUAGAUCUGACAUUUUCUUAUUAGACACCUCUCUUUCGGGUGUUGGAGACACUUACUAGCAAGCGGUUUCUUUUAGCGAGAACCUCUAAGCUAUAGAUUUUGAUAUAAUGCAUAGCAAAGCCUCUUAGUAUAGCGGCAACAAAAUUGGAUUUCUUGUCGGGUUUAGCUUAGUACAACACCACCACCACCAAAUAUAAUAGCAGUUCCAUUUACAGAGAUGGUAUUGCUAUGACGAUCAUAUAAAUAAAACUAAUAUGUAGUUAAAAGGACAGAAUGCACAGUUGUCAAACGUAUUCGGGUUUGACGACUAUAAUUCAUAGCAACGAUAUGAAUACGUCUUUUACUUAUAGAUUCCUUUAUUUCACCUCAGGUAAACGCUUUUAAAUGCACCUGCCAAGCAGGCUUUGCUGGAGACGAGUGCGAAAUAAACAUUGAUGACUGUAAAUUAAUGCCGUGUUUAAACAACGCCACUUGCAUAGACCUGAUAGCAAACUACACAUGUUCCUGUCCUUCACCAAAAUGACCCGAGGUAACGCUCUCAGCGUAACUAAUGACACCCCUCCGUUUGACGUGAGUCUUACCUCAAACACAAUUAGAUAAGUGUCCAUUUUCAGUAUCAUUAGCCUGGAUUCUAUGCAAUCGUUCAUAUCGUCUUGUCGCCUCGAUUUCAGUCUAUAUGAAGACUUAGUUCUAUUCAGACUAUUUCGAUCGUCCCAAUGGGCCCUUAGCAGCUCGAUCGCUCUAACUGGCACUUGGCAGCUUAACAGUCACCUGGUACAAAAACACCUUGCAAGAGAGAAAAGGCGCAGUGGGAUCCACUGGAAAGAAAGGAGAGUCGCAUUUUAAAUGAUGCAAUCCUGUUUUCUUUCUUGCCCUAUUGCGUCCUAUACUUUCUGGCAAGGCGUUUUUGUCUCGCGCGACUGUUUAGCUGCAAAGGGCCUGUCGCCAGGAUCGUAUCGCAUUCAUUGGAAGCGUUUCCAUGUGAUGGCCUUGAUCGCCUGAACACAUUUUGAGACGACUCUUGUGAUCGCCACGACUAGGACGAUUACAUGGACACCAGCCUCAACGGAACUUGACGAACUGCGUUGCUGCUAAGAUUUAAACUUUUGCGCCAAGAAAAUGUAAAUGAUAAUUUCAUUAAGGCUUUGGCGAAGGCAUUUUAGCAGCGAAACGACGUGUUUUGGUUACUAAAUUAUUUUUGAACCGGUUUCUCGCCAAUUUGCAUGGAAUUGGCGUAACAUGAGAUAUGGAGAAACUGAAAGUAUAAUUUUCCGCGAAUUAGAUGUAAAUAAGUUUCAUGUUGGUUUUGGCGCAUGUGCAUAAGCCGAAAUUGUUAAAGUGCGACAAGACUCGGAACUAUGUACACUGGUGUAUAUAGUUGUCUCACAUAUUACUUUACGGAGCCAUCGUCAUAAACAGUAACACACUUAAGGUGUUUUUUUUUUUAUCGUUCUCACAUACAGGCUUUAACUGUAAAUGCAACAGUGGUUACUUCGGCGAGUACUGCGAGUUUGAAAUUGACGAAUGUUCAGCAAAACCCUGUUUCAACAAUGCAACAUGUCAUGAUGUCGUCAACAAUUUCACUUGUUCUUGCUCCGCCGAGUUUACGGGGAGGUACUGUGAGCAGAAAAUAGAUGAUUGUGUGAAUAACUCCUGUCAAAAUAACGCAACGUGUGUUGACAACACAUUGGGUUACUCUUGCCUGUGUGCUGAAGAUUACAACGGAACUUUCUGCGAAACAGAGAUCAACAAAUGUGACUCCUCUCCGUGUCAAAACAAUGGGACAUGCGUAGUUGAAAGGCCUGGGUACAUAUGUAGGUGCCCGGAUCAGUUUGCAGGAGUAAACUGCGAAAACUUUACUGACCCCUGCUUAUCAUCACCAUGUCAGAAUGGCGGAACGUGUCACACUGACAACGCCACGGGAAGCGUCUCUUGUUUAUGUAAAACAGGUUUUACGGGAAGCACCUGUGAUGUGAACAUUGACGAUUGUGCAUCGGAGCCCUGCAUGGCCAACUCCUUUUGCCUUGAUUUGGUAAACGAAUAUGAAUGCAAGUGUUACCCAUCUCACACAGGAGAUCACUGUGACAUAUGUGAGUAA